AUUCGGCGAGUUGUGACAUCGGGAAACGGUGCUCCGGAAGGAUUUAGAAUCUCUGAGCUGCUGAGGGUGCUCGGAUGCUACUGUACUGAAUUUUCUUGGAAGCUUUCAAGGCACAUCACCCACACUCCAUCCUACGGAGGGACUGUACCCCGUAUCCGUAGCAAGACGUUCGGUACCACGCAUCCUCUAAUACAAGGGGGUAUUUUGUGCGUCUCCUUACAAGCCGAGCAGCCAUUCAAACAUCCAGACUGUGGGUGGUUGGGUGGUGCUUUCUUGCCUACGAGAAACCGAGAGACACCCGAAAGGAAGGUUACCCCGGAGAAGAUCAUCAACACAGCACACGAACCCCCCGAACUUAAGCAGGCGAAGAAAAAGCAGAAGGAGAAGGCACAUUCCAUCUUACAUUUUUCUUUCAAGGAUAAUAAUAGUCAUCGGUUGGUCCUGGCAGAGCGUUUGUGCUGCUUUGCUCGUCGUCGAGUGCGGAUCGGUUGUCUUAGCCCAACUAGCUUUCGGUGUGCUCUGUUUCAAAGUGUGUACUAAACUAAUGAGUGAGUUUUAACUGAAACUAAAUGGUGAAGGGAUAAAUUAUCAAAACAAAUCAACAGUUUCCCAAGGAUUUCUAACUUGUGUGCUGCAGUAAAAAAAAGUGAUCAAAAUCAAUCAUACAAACGUUUACUUUUUUCUUUUUUCUUCCCUAUCACCGGUCUGGAAAAUAUAAAAAAUCCUAACGAAAAAAAAACAAUCCCGUGCCGAUUGACCGCGUGUUCCGAUCAACGACAACUUCGACACGCCGCUCUGUUGCUGCGGAAAAUUGCGCGAUUCUUGCUUGUGUCGCGUGGCGGUGCACAUUUGAAUGUGUGGUUUAUGUGUUUUGGCAUUUCCCUUCGCGCUGGUUGUUCGUUGAAAAAUAAUCGUAAUAAAAUAUAAACCACGCGCACGUGUGAAUCUAUUCUGUUUUGGUGCCGGUUCUGCUCUGUGGUGGUGUGAAAUUGUACCCGGUUGGAAUCCGCGGAUCUGAUAUUUACACUUCGCGAUGGCAGCGAAGAGAAAGGCCAGUGCUAUGUUGCACAACAAGGACUCAAUUUCGAUGCCAUUCAACAGUGAAACGCCAGAAAAUAAUGGCACAGGUGCUGGGGCAACAGGAGAAGAUGCGUAUGCUGGUUUGAUCAAGGACGCUGAUAAAUUCAAACUAAUGCUGCUGGCAUGGAACUAUCAGAACUCAGCAGCAGGUAAAUCUCAAAACGGUGCCGAAGGUCCAGAUCUGGCCACGAUGACCAACCUGUGGCAGCAGUAUCAGAACGCACUGGCGAUGAAUGCCAAAACAUCCUUCAACCAAUUACCGAUUCCCGAACGCCAGCAACCAUCCCCCAUCGAGCAACAGGACGAGACCAAUUCGUCCGAACAGAAGGAUGAUGAUGAGCUAUCGGAAGAUGAUUCCGAGGAUCGUAUCGAAGCAACCGUGAACGAUCCGGAACGGUUAAAGGCAUUCAACAUGUUCGUACGGUUGUUUGUUGAUGAGAACCUGGACCGAAUCAUUCCGAUUUCCAAGCAACCCAAAGAAAAAAUCCAAGCCAUCAUUGAUUCCUGUACACGACAGUUCCCAGAGUUCGCCGAACGCGCCCGAAAACGUAUACGGACCUAUCUCAAAUCGUGCCGGCGGAACAAAAAAACACGUGAGGGAUGGGAGAACACUGUAAGUGAGUCACGACCUACGCCUGCUCACCUUACUUCCGUACAAGCGGAACAGAUUCUGGCUCUAGCCUGUGAGAAUGAAAGUCUCAAUGCCAAACGGAUGCGAAUAGGUUUGGAACCCAUUAGUCAAUCUGUGAAUCAGACAACGGCGGUAAGUUUUAUGACGUCCGAGCCUCCAAAUGUUCCGAAUCUGUACCAAAACAUGAAUUUGAAGUGCGAAACUGAUACUGUACCAGCGGUUAAAACAGAACCGGUUCCUAAAAUGUCUCCUAUUCAGAACACGACACCGGAUAUGAACCAAAUGAAAUUAAACAUUCCAAGUGCCAGCGCAAGUUCCACGCCUACCAUACCGACAACGGUACCGACCAUUUCCAACUUUCACGACUACAACACCGGCUUCCCCAACCGAUCGCAACACUAUCAGAACUUUAUGAACUCGGUUAGCAGUUCCAACAGCACGACUACCACGAUGUCCGCUACUGGUACUGCUCCCACCGAUCUGUCGAUGAAGCGACCCAUUCUGGCGCAUAAACUAAACAGUGCGGAAAUUACCGCCGUCAAGCAGCUGGUUACUGGCUACCGGGAGAGUGCGGCCUUCUUGAUGCGAAGUGCGGACGAGCUGGAGAAUCUCUUACUACAACAGCAAUAAAUAUGAGACAUCCAUGAACUACACAUUAAGUUUCAUUAUUAUUAUUAUUAUCAUAAAAAUAAGCAGAAGAGAAAAGAAGUUACUCAUUUGGAGAUACCAAAAACUACCUGUACGGUCAUAGUUCAGACGAGACAAAUUCAAAACUUAACGGAAAUAAGUGUCGCAAUGAAUUUUAAGUUACGUGUAUAAAGUGUUAAAUAAAAACAAAGUUAGAAAUUGAAAUUUUUGAAAACUGGCGAAAAAAUACAAAACACAGGGUGAUAUAGAACUACAAAGAAAUUAUAUUUAUUUUUUAAAUAAAAACAACAUAGAUACGAUGAUCCCAGUAAAGAGGACAAGAGCAAGAGAAAAAGGGUGUACGUUUCCUUACGGACGAAUUGCUAUUGUAAAAGAACGACUACUCUGUUACGAUUGUCGGCGUAAUUUACCAACUUACUAGAAGAAAACGAUUGUAAUAAACAGGAAGGAACCUCAGAAUAAAUUUUAUCUAUUGAGUAAUUUGCAAAAAACCUUAAAUAAAUUACCACGGUUAUCUUAGCAAA